AUGGUGGAUUCCGCGCUCACACUGCCAUGUGGCGUGUGCCUGCCGAAUCGCCUGGCGAAAGCAGCGACGUCCGAGCAUUUGGGAAACCCAAGGACCGGCGAACCGACGAACGAGCUGAUCGAGCUCUACCGGAAGUGGGCCGCUGGCGGGGCUGGGCUCAUCAUAACGGGGAAUGUCAUGGUGGACAGUGCCUAUUUAGAGGGCCCCUGCAACGUCGUCGCGAGUGAGGAGCAUCCGACCUUGCUUUGGAAGGAAUGGGGCAGCGCAAGCACAACCCCGGCUGCGGGUAGCUCUGCACCGGUGGCCAUUGUGCAGCUCUCGCACCCCGGGCGGCAGUGUCCACUGUCCGUGAGCUGGCAAAGGCCCGCCGCCCCAUCCGAGGUCUCAUUCAAGCUGCCGGGCGUUGGCCUCCAGCUUUUCCGGCGCCCACGGGCUUUGACUGAGGAGGAGGUCCGAUCCCUGCCGUCCAAGUUUGCCGCGGCAUCGAAGCGUUGCGUGGCUGCCGGCUUCCACGGUGUGCAGGUACAUGCGGCGCAUGGCUACUUGCUAUCGCAGUUUCUGUCGGCGCACACCAACCGGCGGUCAGACGAUUUCGGCGGCCCCCUGCGCAAUCGCAUGAGGAUUCUCUUGGACAUUGUCGCCGCUGUCCGGAUGGCCAUGGGGCCAGGGAAGCUGCUCUCCGUGAAGGUGAACUGCCAGGACUUCCGUGCCGGUGGUUUCAAGGAGUCCGAGGCACUUGAGCUUCUCGCCGAACUCGCGAAGGCAUCUGUGGAUUUGGUGGAGGUGUCAGGAGGCACGUACGAGCACAUGGCCUGCAUGGGCCAAAGUGAUCAGGACAGAGAAGGCACAUUCCUCGACUUUGCCCGUGCGGUGCGGCAGCGAGUGCCCGGCUUGCCGGUGAUGGCUACGGGUGGCUUUCGUAGUCUGUCCUUUUGCAGCGAGGCCGUAACUUCGGGCGGUUGCGAUGUGGUCGGUCUUUGUCGGCCGCUUUGCCUUCAGCCAGACUUGCCGCAUAGGUGGUUGCAUGGAGAGGAGGUGGAUGCAUCUUCUUACCGUGUGAGGCUCCACGUGCCCUUUUGGAAGAGUCUGCUCAUUCCUGGGCUCAGUUAUUUCUGGCACCAGCGCCAGCUGCAGCGCCUGGGAAGCGACAAGCCCGUCGAGCCCAUCCGAGUGCUCGUUCUCCUGAGGCUUCUUUGCUUUCGGCUGGUGCGUGCCUACAUCUUCGAGCCACGCCGGCUCUCGACCAGCAGCUGCGUUGGUUUGGCUGCUGUGGGUCUCUUCCUGCCGGCUAUUGGAGUGUUGGGGCACCGACACUGGGGCGGCUUGCGCUCCCUGUGA